GCCGGGCGACGGCGGGCUGGCGGGCGCGGGCUGAUGACGGCGGGACGGGACGGACGGGCCGGGAGGAGAGGAGCGGCCGCCAUUACACAGAGCAACAACAACAACAUCAUCCAGCUGUUUACAUAGAAUAGUCAAAGCUGUAACUGAUGUGAGGAUGAGGCCCCAACUCCUGACGUGGGAUGUGAAGGGGACUCUGCUAUGUGUGCGCAGGUCAGUUGGUGAGCUCUACUCCUCAGAGGCCAAGCUCCACGGACUCCAGCUGGAGGCCAGAGCUCUGGACAGAUCAUUCCAAGCUGCCUUACAAAUGCAAGACAAGCAAUUCCCCAACUAUGGGCGAGGUCGGGGUCUGACUUCCCAGCAGUGGUGGGUGGACGUGGUCAAAAAAACCUUCUGUUUCUGCGGAGUGAGCGAUGAGCAGGUGCUGUCUCCACUGGCAGAGAAGCUUUACCACCAGUUCUGCAGCGCUGCCAACUGGGAAGUGUAUGGUGACGUACAGGACACCCUGGAUCACUGCAGGAAGAUAGGCGUCAGCAUGGCAGUGAUUUCCAACUUUGAUCGCCGCCUGGAGCAGAUUUUAGCCAAUUGUAACCUGCGGCAGUAUUUCCAGUUUGUGAUGACGUCAGAAGAUGCCGGAAUCGCCAAGCCGGAUCAGCGGAUCUUCCGUGCAGCCCUGAACCUUGCCCAGGUAGAGCCCAGACAGGUCAUGCACAUCGGAGAUGACAUCAGGAUGGAUUAUCUGGCAGCCAGGGCUGUCGGAAUGGAGAGCUACCUGAUCUGCAGAGGACAAGAGGAGGAGCCCUGUGGUGCGAAGCAGCUGGUGCCCAGAGCCCACAUCCUCAGCUCCUUGCACCAACUGUGUGACCUCAUUAAAUGAAGACUUAAUGGUGUGUGCCUGUCCUAGCAUAGGGCGGCACCGUGGCGCUGCGGUAGAGUUGCUGCCUUACAGGGCCAGAGUCCUAGGUUCGAUCCUGACUAUAGGUUCUGUCUGUAUGGAGUUUGUACUUUCUCCCCAUGACCGCAUGGGUUUUCUCCGGGAGCUCCCGUUUCCUCCCACACUCCAAAGACGUACAGAUUUACAGAUUAAUUUGCUUCGCUAAAAUUGUAAAUUGCCCCCAGUUUGCGUAAGAUAGUGUUAGUGUGACUCGGUGGGCUGAAGGGCUUGUUUCCUAAAUUAUCUCCAAAAUUAUCUCUUGUAUCUCUAAAUUAAACUCCAAGUACCCUCACCCUGACCAUCAAUUGCUGAUGUUUAGAAUUCUGAUAGUUAUUGAAACGUUCAGGUCGGAUUUGCUUCCUGAGAGAAUUAUCAGUGUGAGCUGGUGUAAAUUAUUGUGUUGGGCAGAGGGAUAUGUAACCCCAGUAAAUACUCCCUGAAUGAACAAACAGUGGAAGAGAUCUGCGCAAUUCUGUGGGUUGAUGCAAAUAGAUAACAUUUAUAAAAGAGAAUCCAACAGAUAA